AUGCUGCCCAUGGAAUAUUUGUCGAACAAAGGAAAAGAAAAUUUGAAAAUUUUGAAGCCUGUCUGGGAUGUUAUAACAGAUUAUUUAGUGAUACUUUUAGUAAUGUUAUCCGUUCUUGUUGCUGGUAUGGAGGUAACAUCAGGCAGUUUUGAAUGUGUAGCAGUUGUCAAUUGUCCCAAAGCGUCAAAACCAAAUUUGAAUGCAUCUUGGCUUCUCGCAGAUUUAAAAUUUCCCGAUACAUGUAAAAAAUUCUACCGGUCUCAAACUACAAGCUUUGGCAAAAGAACGGAAGUCGUUACAGAUCACAAAGUUAAUAUUAUAUACAAAAGUUUUGUCAAUUCAGAAUGCAGUAAAACCGUGAUUCCAAACUACCUGUCGUAUUUGUGGAUGAUUUUGUUCGUUGAGGCGUUGUGGCUUUUGAUUCUCGACAAUUUCUGGUUGAAACUUCCUUUAACUUCCUCGGUAAUUGAAACAUUUGUUGAUCUCGUGAUGGCGUGUUACGAUUCACCAUGUACUAAUUCCACAGUCACUUUAGCACUUUUUCAGCAAAGACACAAUCGAACAAGCAACUAUAGCAGAGUGUCAAACAACGAUACUUCUGACUUGAUCGAUCAUUACAACAAUUUUGAUUUCCUUCCAGACACUACCUCUACAAGUGCGUUGAUGGGUUUGUAUGAGAAAGUGCAAAAGCUAAAGAAAAACAUAUCGUCAUCUCAUUUCAUUGAAAAAAUUUCGAAUCACUACACUAUCAAAAGUGUGUUACAAAUACUUUCAGUAAUAACGUUUCUCGUUAUUAAUUAUAAUUACUCGAAUGAUUUAAAAGACAAGAUGACGUGUAUACUGCCUCAACACAUUCCCAUCCCUCACGAUUAUUUUUUGUGCUCCCAUAACCUAGCUCCUGCCAUGCAUGUUAUUGUUCAUAUUUAUAACGGAGUUUUGGCAGUGAGUGCAGUGAUAUUCUUUUUCAUAGUUUUUUGGACAGUCAAAUUGCGUCGUAAAAACUAUGAAUAUAUUUUUUCAAACAAAAUAUCUCCAAAAAUUGACGAUCAGCUAUCAGACAUAGAUCCGGUAGAGGAAGAUCUGGGUUUUCUACUGCAUCUAUUGCAUUACUACAACAAAAUGUACGUCAUAAGAUUCGCUCGUUUUCUUUCUGAAGAGAACAAAAAGAAGAUUGCGGUUGCCCAUGCUUUAAACAUGAGAUUUCCAGUUGCAUAUCUCAGGGUUAUGUUAGAUAAAGAAGAAAAAUUGUCUUUUAACAAUCUUCCAGGAAUUCCUCGUACAAUUUUUGAUCCUAUGAUUUCCGAAAACCUUUUGAACCUUGAAUUUAGAAACUGUUAUCUUGAAGUGAAUGAUUUUGAUAACUUCCAGAAGCUCAUCAGACUGAAAUGUUUAUUCAUUGUGGAGUGUGGCCUCGAUUUGAUUCCAGAGAAAGUGUUUAGUAUGGCAUGGCUGGAGGAGCUCCAUCUCAAUGGAAACCUUAUAAAGAAGAUUACUGAUGGCAUUUCAGAUUUGAAAAGUCUUUCUGUCCUCAAGGUUAGCGACAACAAUCUCCAAGACAUUGAUUCCGGUUCGUUGUCAAAAUUGGAAAAUCUGAAGUCACUUGACAUUAGUGACAAUCCUAAUCUGAAAAUGGAUGCUCUACGUGAGGUCCUUCAAUGUAGAGAAUUGCAAAACUUGGUUUGUCCGUCUCAUCUCAUGAACAAAGCUACACCAGACAAGCUGAAUGAUAUCGAUCUAGAAAGGUUACGCAAUCUUACUAAUUCAAACUAA